AAACAGGCUCCAGGCUCUGAGCCAUCAGCCCAGAGCCUGACGCGGGGCUCGAACUCACGGACCGCGAGAUCGUGACCUGGCUGAAGUCGGACGCUUAACCGACUGUGCCACCCAGGCGCCCCAUGGGACAUAAUACUUAAUAUAAGGGCUAAUGGAAGUGAAAGUGUAUUCAGGAGUGCCUGGGUGGCUCAGUUGGUUAGGUGUCCAACUUCAGCUCAGGUCAUGAUCUCUGGUCUGUGGGUUCAAGCCCCGCAUUGGGCUCUGCGCUGACAGCUCAGAGCCUGGAGCCUGCUUUGGAUUCUGUGUCUCCCUUUCUCUCUGCCCCUCCCUUGCUCAUGUUCUGCCUCAAAAAUAAAUAAAAGUUAAAAAAAUUUAAAAAGUGAAGGUGUAUUGAGUUAUUGCACUGGAUAAACUGAAUUGAUUUCUAGUUAGCUUUGGAGGAUUUAGGAGAGAUUUUCCAGAAAAAGGUAAGCCUUUAUGAAAGAUUUGAAAAGGAAGAAAGGAGUGGGGUGUACAAGUUCUGCCAAGAAGAAAAAACUAAUUUCUGUUGUGAUAGCAUUUUAGAAGGAAUAUUUCAGUACCUUUAUGGUUCUACUGCUAUCUCCCUCUUUCCCUUUCUCUGAAGAAGUUUGGGGUCCAUCAUAGGCCAUUGAGAAAAUCUAGAUGUCUUUUAAGUCCUUCUUACCCUGAGACAAAGGCAGAUAAUGAUGGUAUUCAGUUUUUUAGAGGCACAAAACACCAAGGAUUAAGCUAUUAAUGAAGAACUACUAAGAAAGUGCCCCUCAGAUAUUUUUAGAAUAAUCAAACCAAAUGUUUUCAUAUCCAGCACAAAACAACAAUGAACUGACUUACUCAGACAUUAUCAGAGUGAGAAAGAAAUAACAUUCUGGUUUUAACAGAAAAAGAAAAAAAAGAAACCCAGACUUUGCAGGUACUGGGGACACUCUUGCAAGUCCUUCUUUGAGAUGUAGUUUAAGAAAUAAUUGGGCCUUUUUGUACAGGAAAGCUGCCCAGGUGUGAGGCUGCCUGGAGGCUCAGCCAGGUAGCUAGCUGGCUGCUGCAGCCUUGGCUGGGUUCCCAUCUGGCCCAGAAGACAUUAGGAACACUGCUGGGUUAGCUGCCAUGAGGUAGUGAUGGAUCAUGGCUGUGGCCCGAUUCUUGAGGAGCCAAGGAUUCACUGCAGCGUGCCUUGGCCAUAUGUGAGCCCAGGUCACAUGUGAGGUUCUCCUAGAAGGAAGAGGGGGGAAGACACAGGACAUGUCUUAUACAUCUUUUAUUGCAGCAACCACAUUUGGAUGAGCCAGAGUCCAGGCUUUCUCAGACAGAGAAAUUGCAUCCUGAUUGCAGGGGCACUGGAUUUGGGGAAACAGCCAAGGCAGUGUUGACUACCUCCUGAACUUGAGCUACUACACAGUCUAUACCUCCCAGAGGACUCAGAAAUGAGAGGAGACCAUUCAGGAGUCACAGAAUGGAGUGGAUGGAACCUCAGAGGCCUUGCUCAACCUUCUAGGGUUUGCAGUUCCACUGCAAUAGCUAUGCCAAAUAAUAGUCUGACUGAACCCUUUCCAGUGGCAGGAAACUCACUUCUCUGUGGCAUCUCACAAAGGCAGAUAACUUUUCCAAUUAUACCCUUCCCAAGAGUCUUAUUCCAACCUUUGUAUGCUGGCUAAACCAUCAGCACAUUUUCACUCUCAAGAACUUUGUGGCUCUCAAGAACUUCUGUGUUAGAGAUGGAGCUUUCUAUACUGUGGUGGGGGGGGCUCCUAUAGUUUUGGGGGGCCCUUUCUAUAACUUAGAGACCUUCUUUCUCUGUGGAUACUUUCAUUUUUCCACAUAUCCUUAUCCAGUUGUCCUCGACCAUGACUGCUCAAUAGAAUCAGCUAGAGAAUUAAAAGAAUUCUGACGCCCAGGCCUCACUAAAUCAUACUCUCUGGGGGUCGAAGAAAUGCACUGGUAUUUUUAAAGCUCAGAUGACUCCACCUUGCUGCCAAGUUUGAGAACCACUGUCUUGUUCACAGAAUCUGGUUAACCUCUUGAAGGUCAUGCUAUGGAAUAAAUCAUACUAGAUUUGAAUCCUGACUUUACGUAACACUUGGACAAUUCUCUGUGUUUUUGUGUUCUCAUCUGUUUUUGAGGGAUAAUAACAGUACUUUCCCAAAAGAGUUGUUGAAAGAACUGCAGGAGGACACAUUAAGUCUAGAUGAGUCUCUGGCAUGUAAUAAGUGCUCUGUAAUGUUUGACUCAGAGCCUAGCACAGGGCCUAGCAAGCAUUAACACAAUGUUUGUGGUCUUCCCAUGAGCCAGACACUAUCCUAAGCACUUCACAUGUCCUCUUCAAUACAUCUUGUUGCACCAAAGACGUAAGUAAAGUAAAAUGUGUCCUCAAGACAUCUCUACCUGGAAGGGCAUUUUGUUCCAGAAUAUUUAACCUACUUCUUAGUGUAUGUCUGGUCGUCCUAUGUAUCUUCUUGCCUCCCAUUAAAUCCCUUCAAAAUCUCUUCUAUGAAAGUUCUAUACACUUUCAAAGUAUUCAAGGUAGCUAAAUUGAGAGCUCCUCAAUGAUCAGUCCAAUACCUUUUGUUGCCUAUUGUCAAGCCCAGUGCCUAUUAAUGAGCUAGGCAUAUAACAGAUAUCCAGUAAAUUCUUUGUCGAAUUCUUUUAAUAUUGUAAGAGCUGUGCUAACAUACUUAUGCAAAAGAGAUGGAGAAAGACUGAAUUCCUGUGAAUGGUGGGGUAGUGGGGAUGCCUACUAUGUGCUAGGCACUUUUCACACAUCAUCAAUUCUCACAACCCUAGGACAUGAGUGUUCAGGUAAUCUUUUGCUGUGUAACAAGGCAUCCCAAAACUUAGUCUCUUAAAGUAACAAUUCUUUUGCUUGUGAAUUUGUAAUUAGGUGGGAACACAGCAGGAACAACUCUCUGCUCCAAGGUGGCUCAACAGAGGACUGGACUAUUCACUUUCAAGACUACUCACUCUAGCCAUUGUGGAACUACCAUGGUGGCCUAUGGUUCUCACUCACAGCCUCAGGCUGGGCCUGCAUUGGAUGGGUUGGAAUAGAAAACUCUUGCCAGGAGAAUGCAGCUCUCCAUAUCAGCCUCUCCACUCCUCAUUCUAAGGGGAGCUGUGUCUGUGCUUGGGGAGAAGCCAAGCCAAGCAAAAGAUUUCAACAGAGAACGGAGGAAACACACCCACUGAGGUUCUCAUAGCAACAUAAUCACGCACAGGCAGCAGCCUAUUUCGGUGGGAGCUUGUCUCCGCUCCCCUCCUCCCUGGUUAGUCACAGAAUGGAUGCACUGCACAGGCAGAAACAGGGUGGGAGAAAAGUGUAAAGCUGAAAGUCAGGAGGCUGGGGAGCUUCUCUCAGAUGCUCCCUCAGCUGGCUGAAGGAUCAUGGACAAAUGGCCUCUUUUUUCUGAUCUCAGGGUACUUAUUUGUAAAAUGAGAGAACUGGACCAAAGAGCUGUGAGGAUCCUUUCCUUUCUGAUUUUCAUUGAUUGUAAUAGUACUGAGACCCUCUUGGUAGAGGAUGAGAUGUCUCAAAUCUGUUGUUUCUGAGAAAGCUGCUUAGAGAAAAUGGGGGUCAAGAGGGUAAAAGUCAUCCCUUAGAUUCAUCUCAUUCACCCCCCUACAGCUUUCUGCAUGUGUGAAAGGGAAGGAGGAUGACCAAGUAGGUGUUGCCAAAGAUUCUGCUUCCUCACCCCCAAUACUAGUCAAGGUCUGUGGUCUGAGUAAGAAAAAGGUUAAGGAGUUAGGCUCAUUCUUUCAUUUACAUUCGCUCUUUCCCAAACACAUAUAACAUGCACACACAUGCACACACGCCCAAUAACUCAAGCCUGUUGCCCAUUAUCUUUUCACUCUUUUUACUCUCCACUCCUCCUCCUCCUCUCCCUCCUCCAAUAAUUGCAAUGCAUCUUCUCUUUCCCCUAGGACCAGGUGAUGGAGGCAUUUUUAGAUUCUGGUCCAUUUCUUCAAUGGACCCUGAGGUUAGCUGAGGACAACCAGGCUCACAUUUCCUGGCUGUCAAAGGUGAUAAAACAAAUAGGGCACGCAUGCGGAACUGAUCUCCCGAUGCAAGUACAGGGAUGAAGUGAAGAGAGCCAGGGUGUUCAAGGAGCAUGCAUCUUUUAGGUCCCUGUCCUUGACUUGUGGGUUGAAAGCUUGAAAGUGCAGCUGUCUUUGAAGGAGUCCAGCCUGAGUGGCCUGUUGCAAAGGGAGAGACAGAGUGCCCCCCCUGUUCUAUUUCCCACCCGCCUGACAGAUGGCCAGUAAGACAGCGAAAAAGAAGCUCUCAAAGUGAAGACAGGAAUGCAUUGUAUAAAAAUUCACACCCCCUGCUGCCGCCCAAACUCCCUUAAAAAAGGAUCAAGAGAAUCCUAAUGGGUACGUGACAUCCUCCCUCUCUCCCAUAAAAGGGACUUCAAAAUCUGGUGACCAUGGGGGAGGGGUGAGGAGGGAGAAGAGAAAUGUGUGGGCAGGGGGCUGCCGGGGAAGACUAGGGUAAGGGGAACAGGACUGUGGGCUCAGCCAUUUGACUUUCUCCUAUGGUCUCUUCCGAGCCACCUCUGGCUGAACCUUUGGCCCGACCUCUCAACCUGAGAGAAGCUUGGAGCCCCAACUGCCUGGACAGGGACAGUGGGAGAAAAGGAGAGAUGAUAGCACACUUAGCCUUAGAGUUGAAGGAGUUAAGGACCCUCCCUCAUCCAGACACCCACCCCUUCGCUCCUGAAACCAUAAUUCGCCAAGGAAGGAACCAAGAAUUGACAGAGGAUCUGGGAAGUUGGGGGUGGGGUGGGAUGGGGGCGAGGUAACUAUGGCCCAAUCUUGCCCAGAGCUUGUCCUCGGUGGGAGGACAUACACCCGGGUCUAAGAACCUGCAAGAGCCCAGCUCCGGCGCCUGCUUUCAUCGAGUCUCCCGCGUGGCCUUGCAGCGUCCGCGCCGCCCUUUGCCCCCGCGCAAGUUGUCCACGGCGCCUGGGGGUGGAGGCGGCCAAAAGACCCCUGGAGCCUGGAGGAGGCGGCGGGCCCGGGGGCGCUGGGGGCCCUCCGUCUGCGCCCAGCCGCCGCUCGCUCUACCGAACCUCCUACCCCGCCCCCACUCACCCGGCUCAGCCCCUAGGAGAGACGCGCAGGAAGCGUGUUGCUUCGCCCAGCCGAUCGGCAGAAGUUGAGAGGAGUUGGUGGCUGCCUCCGGCCGGCCGGACUUUGCGAGCAGCCAGGAGAAGAGACGCCGCCGCUGCCGCGAAGCCUUCGGGGCUGCCUCCCUCCAGCCUAGCCCGCAGCGCGGGUGGAGAGGGGCGGGGAGGGGGUCGGGUGCGCGAGAAGAACUUGAAACUGUGUGAAGGAAUCCGAAGCAGAUGAGAAGGGAGGAAAAUAAAACAAAGUGGAGACUGCAGAAAAGACUCAACCGUAGUUGAUUGUAUCGGCUGACGCUCCAGCAGAGGGGCUGGGUUGGUUUUUUUUUUUUUUUCCUCCCAUUCUCUCUCUCUCUCUCUCUCUCUCUCUCUCUCUCUCUCUCUCUCUUUUAAAGCUACACCAGCUCUCUCUUUCUCUACUAUCUCUGUAUCAUCAAACCCUUGCUGGCUCUUAUGGGCAUGAAACACUCCUCCCGCUGCCUGCUCCUAAGGAGGAAAAUGGCGGAGAACGCUGCCGAGAACACCGAGGGCUGCUGUGACAAAGAACCACAAACAGGCUGACUUAAAACAACAGAGGUGUACUCUCUGGCAGUUCUGGAGGCCACAAGUCUGAGAUCCAGAUGCUAACAGGGUGAACAGUGCCCCCCCGCAACCCCCUCAGCCCGUCGCCCCACCCAAGCCUGUGCAAUGUGUCCAUCAUGUCUCCACGCAACCCAGCUGCCCAGGACGGGGCAAGAUGUCCAAGCUGCUGAACCCAGAGGAGAUGACCUCGAGAGAUUAUUACUUCGACUCCUACGCUCACUUUGGGAUCCACGAGGAAAUGCUGAAGGAUGAGGUGCGGACACUCACCUACCGGAACUCCAUGUAUCACAACAAGCAUGUGUUCAAGGACAAAGUGGUGCUGGACGUUGGGAGUGGUACCGGGAUCCUUUCCAUGUUUGCUGCCAAAGCAGGGGCCAAGAAGGUGUUUGGGAUUGAAUGUUCCAGUAUUUCUGACUACUCAGAGAAGAUCAUUAAGGCCAACCACUUGGACAACAUCAUCACCAUAUUUAAGGGUAAAGUGGAAGAGGUGGAGCUGCCUGUGGAGAAGGUAGACAUCAUCAUCAGCGAGUGGAUGGGCUACUGUCUGUUCUAUGAGUCAAUGCUCAACACGGUGAUCUUUGCCAGGGACAAGUGGCUGAAACCUGGAGGGCUUAUGUUUCCAGACCGGGCAGCAUUGUACGUGGUAGCAAUUGAAGACAGACAGUACAAGGACUUCAAAAUCCACUGGUGGGAGAAUGUCUAUGGCUUUGAUAUGACCUGUAUCCGGGAUGUCGCCAUGAAGGAGCCCCUGGUGGACAUCGUGGAUCCAAAGCAAGUGGUGACCAAUGCCUGUUUAAUAAAGGAAGUGGACAUUUACACCGUGAAGACGGAAGAGCUGUCAUUCACAUCUGCCUUCUGCCUGCAGAUACAGCGAAAUGACUACAUCCACGCCCUGGUCACCUAUUUUAAUAUUGAAUUUACCAAGUGCCACAAGAAAAUGGGGUUUUCCACAGUCUUCUCAUUUUUAGCUCUGGUCCCAAGCAAAGAGGAAAUCAGUAUUAAUGGGUCCUACAUCCAGGUGGAGGAAGCCCCCGAUGCCCCCUACACCCACUGGAAGCAGACUGUCUUCUACUUGGAAGAUUACCUCACUGUCCGGAGGGGGGAAGAAAUCUAUGGGACCAUAUCCAUGAAGCCAAAUGCCAAAAAUGUGCGAGACCUCGAUUUCACGGUAGAUUUGGAUUUUAAGGGACAGCUGUGUGAAACAUCUGUAUCUAAUGACUACAAAAUGCGUUAGCAUACGUGGGAGGCUGCAGACAGCGAGCAAGAAGAGAAACUCUUACCUCGAUCUGCGGCUCUGUAACAAGGAACACCGUUUGCAGGACUACACUCUCGAAAACCAGAGUUUUUAAAUUCUGCCUUGAAGAUUGGUGAACUCACCAGGGCUCCCGUGGGCCACUGGACAGAGAGCUUCCAGUUCCUCAGCUCUGCUCUGGGAGCCCUUCACAGAGGCUUUGUUGUCGCCGACAAAGAGUAACCUCCAGUGCUGUGGCUGGGGCCCCCGAGGAUGGAAAAGUAUACACGUAUACCCAUUUGUCCUCCUUAACUGUGAAUCUCUGGAACUUCCAAGUUUUGCAUGCUGCAGGCAUCUAGGACAGAUUGCUUCACUAGAACCUGGAGACAUAGUGUCUUUGAUAGCAUAAGCCAGAUUACCUGUCUGUGCGGUGGUGUGCGUGUGUGCGUGUGUGUGCGUGUGCGUGUACAGCAUAUACAUUAGUUUAUUUACCCACACCUGUAUAUGCAUGCAUAUACAACCACGUGGGUAUAUUUCUGUGUUCAUUCAGGGUGUGUGUGUGUGUGUGUGUGUGUGUGCGCGCGUAGAAUAUAUAUUACUCUCAGAGGAGAUUCUGUUGCUUUCGAAUAGGAAUUUGUUUUGUGAUUAGUUCUCCCCACUUCCCAUCCCUUACAGAUGUUAAGCAGCUAUGAAACGUUCUCUGUACUAGCUCUGGUCUUCUUCUGACUAGACUGUGGCUCUGAACCCUGAGCAUAGUACCACGCACUCUGUUGGCACUCAAUAAAUGCACAUGAGAGCGAA